AUUUUCUUGUUUGUGAUCAUUUGGGGGAAAGAGUCCGUUUGAUGUUGUGUUUCAGAGCAAAGUCGGACUUUGAUGUUGAAGCUUGUUGAAACUGCAGAGUAACAGUAAAAAAAAAAUGAUCCUUUAAUACUUUUAAAAAGUUGCCAGCCUGUUUGUUGAAGUCCACAAUGCAGGCUAUACACAGAAACCGCCUGAGUCAGCAGAAUACGUGAUGGAUGUGUCAAAGUGACAGGAGACCACGGGGCUCUGACGCUGUUUUCAUUCAUAAGACGGAACGUGACAAAGUGCAUCACUCUCCCUGUGGAUCACAUGAUGCCAAGUGACUCACUGUUGUGUUUGGCGAGACUCGCUAAGCUUAUAAUUACAGCCGCGUCGCUCCUGAAACACCAGCUCGCUUCUGUACGACGAGCUCUCUCUCUCUCUCUCUCUCUCUCUCUCUCUCUCUCUCUCUCUCUCUCUCUCUCUCUCCUCUCUCUCUUUUAAUGUCUAGAGUUCCAUCAAGGAAUGCUCUGAUUUCUAAGAUGGUGAGAAAGCUGGAGCUACUUUAUAGAAAUACUAUUACAAACUGAGAGAGGUGAGACAAAAGUUCUAUGCAGAGUCUCCCUUUGGCGAACAUUAACCGCACAACUGAAGUGAUAAUGUUUCAAGAGGUGUGGAGUCGCAGCUUCUGCCGGACCAUCGAGAAGCUCGUGGAGGUGGUGCAGGAGUAUCCGACGGAGGUGGAGCACAUCUACAGCCCCUCCUGCGUGCCACUGGUGAGGUGUGCAGGCUGUUGCGGGGACGAGAACCUGGAGUGUCAUCCCACCCGCACCUCAAACGUCACCAUGGAGCUGUUGAAAAUCAGGCCAUCAGAGCCGGGUCAGGAAUAUGUUGAGAUGACGUUUGUGGAGCAUCAGACAUGUGAAUGUAGAGUCAGGAAACCUGUUGUGACGGUCGAGAGGAAAAGACCAAGAGGGAGAGGACGGAAGAGAAAGGAGCGACAAAAAAACAAAGAAUGUGACAGGUGCCAGGUCCCGCGCAGGUAACUGCAGUGGUGACCCAACCCCCUGUUGCAGUGUGGCUCAUUAUUUAUUUCCAGCCCAGUGACGGCAUCAAGAGUCUCCUCUGCUCAUCUAUCACCACUGUGUCUGCGGCCAGAGACUCAGAGAGCUGGGUCGUGUUGCUGACGUGCCCUUCUGCUGCUGGGCAGAGCGUUUUGUAAUGACAAGGUUCAAAAGGAAGUGUGUUCUGAUUGGUGGAAACACUGCUGACACAAACGGAUAUCCCUGGGAGCCAGUGCAAUGUAGAAUCAAACCAACUGAUGCCUUUUCUUUUACACUAGUUAUUACUGUAUCAGUUAUUGUAAUUUGUGGAGUUCCUCUGUAUUUAAAGGUGGUUAAGUUUAAAAAUCUAUAUUUAUUGAUACAGCCGAAUAUAUUUGAACCAGCAACAUGUAAAAUGUUUCUCAUUCCUUUUUCAAACUUUAUCCAAGACACCUUGACUUGUCAAAACUGUAAAUGUUGAGUGUGCAGCUGCUUUGUACACCCUAAUAAUGAAAUGUCGCCCUCUAGUGUCUGUGGAAACAGUGCUCAAAACUGAGCUAUAUGAAAUUAUUUUUGUAAGGGGAAAUACAUGAAUAUAAUUAGACACAGGACAGUCACAAUCAAACACUUCAUCCCAUUAUUGGCAUUUAACUAUCAGUUAUUUAAGUAACAAUCCCAUAAUCAUUGAUUCUGGAUGAAUCCUCUACAUGUCACGAGACCAAACAGGAGUUGUUUGUAUUUUGCUGCCAAUUCACAAAUGUAUAAGAGCAAUAUUUAUCAGAAAGGUUUAUCAGCUGACGACGUCCUCAGAAGAUUGUGUAUGAAUAAAUAUAUCAAUUUGACAAAUAUCCUAAUUGUUCUUUAAUCCUCUCUUUAUUGCUUUAUUGUGAGCAGGGUAGAAUAGUAAAUAAAACUGCUUUCUAAAUGAACAAAAUUUGGCCGUGUGAUAAAUCAGUUCACUUUACAAGACAACAGAUUUUGAUUCCUUAUGAUUUUUUAUUGCAUUACAAUGUUUUCACAGAUGAUAUAUAUUUAAAAAGAUAACAUGUCUGCUGGGUGGGCCCCAGUGACACGAGACUCACAUGAGCCCACAGCACAGGUGUCUUCCUCCAUAUGUGUUUCUUUUUUCAAUCCUGCAGUAAGGAAGGGAUAAAAUGAAGUAGUUCUGUUAAACAAUGUGCUUUUGUUUUUCAUGUGCUUCGCAAAGAAAAUCUAUGAAAAUGUACAGAGUAACAUUUCUACUGUUUUAGCAUUUUGUUUCAUUUGAAUAUUUAUUUUGUAAUUAAAUUGUCAUGGUUGUCAGGUUGUCUGCUGUGAUUUAUUUAAUUAAAAACAGACUAAACAAUACAAA